CAAAUAUCUGCAAUUAGAGAAGACACCGAUGAUGAGGAGAAGGAUCGUAAUAAGCGGUUUUCCAUUUCGGGAAAAACGCAUGCGCCCGAUCGCGCGACAAUGCGAGCGAACAGGGAAUCCCGUAUGCAUCGUAGCUCUGUAGUUUCAGCAUGGCGGUUUGCUGAAAACCGGAUCCAGUUAAGAACGUCGUCGUCGUCAACCUAACCUAACGCGCGCAUUUACAAAACGCAACCACCACCACCUAGCGCACACAUCAGGCUUCGAACUGUCCACCACUUUUGCUUCCUAGUGUUUUCGUGCGUUCAUUUUAGUGCAUCGUUGCUUGUUUUUUGAAACUCAUCGCACCGUUGUGGCAUACAUAGUUUUACAGUUUCAUCCCUUAAACUAAACAUGGGCAACGUACACACCGUAGGACCCAACGAAGCUCUCAUCGUCUCAGGUGGAUGCUGUGGUUCGACGAAGAGGGUGACGAUAGUGGGUGGAUGGUCAUGGGCAUGGUGGCUUGUGACGGACGUCCAACGUCUAUCGUUGGAGGUGAUGACUUUGAACCCCAUGUGCGACAGCGUGGAGACGGCUCAGGGCGUCCCGCUGACUGUCACCGGGGUGGCUCAAUGCAAGAUCAUGAAGGCCGACGAACUGUUGCACACCGCUUCCGAACAAUUCCUCGGUAAAUCUGUCAAGGAAAUCAAGUCCACGAUACUCCAAACUCUCGAAGGUCAUCUGAGAGCUAUACUGGGAACUCUUACAGUCGAAGAGGUGUACCGCGACAGGGACCAGUUCGCUGCUCUUGUGCGGGAAGUAGCCGCACCGGACGUAGGUCGAAUGGGAAUUGAGAUAUUGUCGUUCACCAUUAAAGACGUUUUCGAUGAUGUGCAAUACCUGGCCUCUCUGGGCAAAGCUCAGACGGCAGUCGUGAAGCGCGACGCCGACGCCGGAGUUGCCGAAGCGAACCGUGACGCCGGAAUCCGCGAAGCCGAGUGCCAGAAAUCCGCAAUGGACAUCAAGUACUCCACCGAUACGAAGAUCGAAGACAAUUCGCGUAUGUUUAAGCUGCAGAAGGCACAUUUCGAUCAAGAGAUCAACACGGCCAAAGCCGAAGCGCAGUUAGCGUACGAGCUGCAAGCUGCCAAGAUUCGCCAGAAGAUCAGGAACGAGGAAAUCCAGAUUGAGGUGGUGGAGCGCAGAAAGCAGAUCGAAGUGGAAGCGCAAGAAGUUCAGAGGAAAGAGCUCGAGUUGAACGCAACUGUUCGUUUACCAGCUAAAGCCGAAAGCUACAGGGUUGAGAUGAUUGCCCAAGGAAAGAGGACACACACUGUAGAAGCAGCGAAGGCUGACUCUGAGAAGAUCAAAUUGCUCGGAAGCGCUGAAGCAGAAUCCAUUUCGUUGAUGGGUCAAGCCGAGGCCGAAGGAAUGAGACUGAAAGCCUCUGUGUACAAGCAAUACGGGAAUGCGGCGAAGAUGGCCAUCGUUUUGGAAGCACUACCAAAGAUUGCAGCCGAAAUUGCAGCUCCUUUGGCGAAGACCGAUGAAAUAGUCCUGCUGGGUGGAUCGGACACAGCCACUGAUCAGAUUUCACGGUUGGUUGGAAAAUUACCUCCAGCAAUAAACGCAUUAACCGGCGUGGAUCUUUCGAAAGUUUUAGGGAAGAUUCCUGGAGCCACCGUCAACCAAACUACUGCCGUUAAAUAAAUAAAUCAAAAACAAGCAGAAAAUAACAUUAAACAAAACUAAGAACAACACCGAAUAAUAUACAAAUACGACACAAAUAGCCGCUCCUUCGGUAAUUUCAUUCUACGCCUUUACAAUUGAUAUUUCUGGCUUUCAAUUCUUUUAUAUACAAAACUUACUAUAUAUA